GAAAGCUGCUAAAGAAGACACAUCCGCUCCUGGUUCUUCAAAUGUUGUUACCAAUGACAAGGCAGCCAUGCCUGCAGUCAACAGAGACGAGUGUCCAAGAUGUAUUACUUGCUCCUAUUCCUUUCAUUAGUUGUACUUCUGCUCCCAUCAAGUCCUCCAAGAAAUAUCAAGGCAAGGUUGAUAAGGCUGAAGCAUUUAAAAGGAAAACAACAAGAUGACAGGCAAUAAGCAAAAACAAGUACGAUGUCCUUCUUGUGAUGGAACCGAUCAAUCUCGCUCCUCCAGCAAGGUGUGCCAUAUGAAUAAGUCAAAAACGAAGCUCCCGAAGCCUAAAGAUACCGUCGAGGAAAUUUUUGUUAUCAAGAUAUCUUUGGCUAAUACCUGCAGAUAUCCCAAGUUCGUUA